AUGGAUGCUCUUGUGUCUCAUCUGGACACCUUGGUCCAGAACCCGGAUCUGGCCCCUCUUUUGUCGCUCCUCAAGGGUGUCCGAAAUGGCGCCGUUUAUGGCGCCAAAGUGCGCUUUCCGCAUGCCUUGGUGAUGAUCUUCCUCUUCCGCUCCGGAACUUUCCGCGAGAAAGCCAAGCUUGUCUUCAAGGCGACCCGUCAGCAUGCUCGCAACCUGGCGACAUUUGCCUUCAUCUACAAGAGUGUGAUGCUGGCACUGCGCUAUCUGAACCCCGCUGGUGUCGGGAAGGAGGGCCGGUACGACACCUUCUUCGCAGGCGCGCUGGGAGGUUAUGCUGUGUUUGGACGGCACAAGACUAGUGUUACGCAGCAGAUCGUCAUCUACGUGUUUGCGCGCGUGGUCCUGGCCGCCGGCAAACUCUCCGUCCAGCCCAACAUGCACCCUUUCUCCUCCCUCAUCACCCCCGACUCGCGGACGCAGAUCCAGAAUAACGCCUGGCCGGUGUUUGCCUCGCUCAGCUGGGCCUUCGUCAUGUACAUCUUCCGCUGGUAUCCCGAAACUCUCAUGUCGAGUCUCCGCAGCAGUAUGGUUUACAUUUACGCCGACUCCGACCACUGGGACUCCUUCCGUAACCUCCUCAUCCACAACAAAUAG